AUGAUUCAUCGGCCCCCUGGGCUACUGGCAUUCAAUCAAGAUCAUUGGUCUCAGUUCGCCGGAUCGGGGGUCUGGCUACCUCACUUGCUAGUCUACUUGGUCGUUUCCCGUGUGGCCUUCACUCGACCAAGCACAUCCGGGCCAACAAUCAGUUUCCUGAGAGCGCAAGUGUUUGACGCCGCAUGGAAACAUAUGGAUGGCUAUGUCAUAUCUUGGGAAGGGAGAAAAAUUCAAUUUCCUACUAUCCUCGACAUACCUGCGCUAUGGCGGGAGGGCGGGAGCUAUUUUGGACCGGAGGACCCCCGGACGAUCUUGGACCCGGCGGCAGACACCGAGCCAAUUAUCGUGUUCAACAUGAUCAUGAACGAGACCGGAAACCCACGUGUAAUGUGGAUACACAGGCCGUUUUCUGGCGUCACAGUCCCUCUCACGAUUCAAGGCGAGCAGAGAGAGAAGGCUGAAAAGAACUGGGCGCCUUUCUUCCACGAAAGCACUGGCGAUGGCGGUACUAGCAAAAUAGCACAUGUGUACCUUCACUUCGUCUAUAGCCUGAGCCCGCUGAGGGUUCUUAAGUGCCGCAUUGAAGAUGGAAUUUGUGACUGGGUUUAUAAACAACAUAUCUCCGGUGACCUGGAUGUUCCACACAUGGAUCCACACGGAGAGAUGCAUGGAGGAACCAAUUUUGUCCCAGUACCUUUUUCGCGCACUUCGGAGGUGCAAGUAUAUGCCGGUUUCCCACGGACACGUCUUACCUUCUGCAAAACUGGCGCAACCUACCGACCGGAGCUUGUACUACUUACAGGGUCCGGCGAACAUUUCCACGUUGCGUUUGCGAGUGGCCCGCUGGGGUUUGAACAUUCCUUACUGAGCCAACAACAGAUUGAUCACACCUGUGAGGAUGGUAGGCUUUUGAUCCCAAGUGGCCUCAUGGCCUGGGACUAUCCUCAACAAGAAGAUGUAACUACGCUGUUUUUCAGUGUCUCUGACGCGGAAACCCGUGUGCUUCACCUGCAUGGCCUCUUGGACUUUAUUCGUGGUUUACCCUAUUUUCGAUUAUUCGAUGGCAGCGUACCAAUUGAGACAUUCACGCGAAACUUUCCAUGGUCAGUCGUCGGUAAUGAGGUUUUACAUUGCUCUCUGGACGCAGCUGCCAAUUCUAACCGCAUGGAUCUGAUCAAGUCCGAGGGAAAGGCAAAGACUAUGGUAGCAAAUGAACACGGCAUCUCACAGUUGCAACCAUGA